AUGAGCAACUGCAAAUCAAUCUAUUCUCUCUACGAAGUUUAUGAUGAUAAGUCAUGGUUCAUAGAUCCGAUAAGAUCCUUUUCCAUACUUCUUCCAACUCUCCCUGGAGCUGAUCGAUGCCUGAAAGAUCUUAGAAGAUUUAAUAGCACCGAAAAUUCCAAAAAUGAACCCAUCUAUAGGGCACUAUCGCACUUGUGCAAUGAUAUUGACACGCUUUCAGUUAAGGUUGGGUCGUAUAAUGAGGGGGUCAUAUUACCUGAGCUUAUCACCUCGCAAAAACAUUUGAAGAGUUUUCACCUCUCUUCACAUAUUUUUGCAUCUCGUGGAGAUUGCUUUGGUCCAACAUUUAAAUCCUUGGCCAGUCAAAAGGAUACGUUGACCGAGGUACUAAUCACUGGCAUAACGUUUUAUGACAUUGAUUUGAAUUGCUUGGACACAUUCGGGGAGUGCAAGGAACUUCGAUCGUUGAUGCUCCUUAGUUGUGAAGCUUUGGACGAUAGGCACCUCGAGGUAUUAUGUAAUUCAUUUCCAAAUCUGGAAUCAUUCAUGUUCAUUGCCGGGCAGGAAUUUAUUCCCGCGAGAAGUAUCAUAAAUUUCUUCAAGACUGCAAGCGUUAAUAUGAAGAAAAUAUCACUGGAUGUAAUGGUUCCGGAUGCAAUCAAAAUUAUCGCGAACCAUUGCGAAAAUGUGGAAUCCUUGGUUUUGUGCACCUGUCAGCCUGAGGACAUUCUCUUGAUUUUUCGAAAAUGUCAUCACCUGAAAUUUCUCCUUUACGACAUAGAAGUCGGAUUUGUUUCAAAUGAAUUAUUAAUUCAAUUAUCAGAAUGUGUACCAAGGUCGCUGAAGGUAUUGUCGUUUCACAUGAACCUAAGAAAUCCUUGGACAUUUUCACCAGAAUCCUUGAAAGUGUUCCUGGACGGAUGUAAGCGGUCAGCGCAACUUGAAUCUUUCAGCAUUGAACGUGCCAUCAGCCCUUUCAUUAGGAAUGCGGAGGAGGUAGGUAUGGAUAUAAUUGCGGAAGAACAUUUCAAAGUUUUACGAGAAAGUGGUAUCAAGAAUUACAAAUUAAGUGGACAUCAGAUUUUCGACCUUGAGAAUUUGCUUUAA